AUGUCAGGCCUUGAGAAGGCUCUUUUCAACCUGAAGUUCACAUCCAAACAGCUCAACCGACAAGCCGCCAAAGCGGACCGCGACUCGCGCGCCGAACAAGCGAAACUCAAGAAAGCCCUCACUCAGACGCCUCCCCAGCCCCAGAUCGCCCGCCUAUACGCCACAAACUCGGUGCGCAAUUCGCAGCAGAGAAUCCAGCUGCUGACGCUCGCGGCGCGGAUCGAUGCAGUCGCCGCCCGUGUCCAAACCGCCAUUACCAUGCGCACGGUGACGGCUUCGAUGGCGCAGACCGUAAAGGGCAUGGACGCUGCGUUAAAGAACAUGGAUCUCGACAAGAUUGGGGCGGUGAUGGAGAAGUUCGAGUCACAAUUUGAAGACCUGGACGUCGUGUCGGGUUACUAUGAGGGUGUGGCUGGCGGGGUGGAGAGCCAGCAGGUCGGCGUGCAGGGCCAGGGCGAGGUGGACGCUCUCAUGAACCGUGUGGCGGAUGAGGCGGGCGUUGAGCUGUCGCAGGAAAUGCAGCAGCAGGUGCCUGAGCAUGAAUUACCGCAGGCGGACACGGCGAAGUUGGAGGAAGGAUUGGGUGAUAGGUUGAGGGCUUUGAGGAAUUGA